CUGUUGGUGUCGGCUAUUGCAUAUUUAUAUAUAUGUAUGUGUGUGCGGAGAAACCAAUGAUGGCUCAUAGGAAAAUUCAGUGAAAACGCAAGAGCUGCAAACGCAAUUUAAUAUAAAAUGUUUUUAUAACACCACACGAGACAAUCAAACGAUAGGCGCAUCCAUAUCCAAGACGCACAGCAGCGAUAAAGCUAAAGGAUUUGAGGAAAGCAAAACAAAAUGGAAAUGGCAAAAACAAAAGCAAACGGCUGGGCGACUGUUUGCACCAGCACAAGUUCCGUUCCCAUAUAUUCAAAAUAUACGCGCUACACGGAAUUACGGCGCGUCGAUGAUAACGACAUCUACAAAUUGGCAACAAUACUGGACGUUAAUAGCUGCUGGCGCAAGCUAAUGUCCAUUAUACCAAAGCGCCUGGAUGCGCAGGCCUGCAGUGCACCAGGAGCACUCAAGUAUCAGGAAAUCGCAGCCAAGGUUGGACUUAAAUAUACCGCGCAACAAAUAAGUCUGAUUGAUGGGACCGCUGAGCGCUUAACGCCUGGCCAAAGCAUAUCACAGGUAAUGAUUGAUGAGUGGAAAACUUCUGGCAAGCUAAACGAACGCCCCACGGUGGGUGUGCUGCUGCAGUUGCUUGUACAGGCCGAGAUCUACAGUGCUGCCGAUUUUGUGGCCUUGCAUUUCCUGAAUGAGCCUAAACCUGAUCGCCCCACCGAUGGACCUGCAGCGCAUAUUAGUUUGGAUCUGUGCAGCGAGGAUCUGAGCGAAGACAUGGAGGUGGACGACAGUGCCAGUUACCAACCUAAUACAUCCACACUGAAUGCAGCUGCAGCACAGGCGCGUGGCACUGGCAUGAAUUUAGAUUAUUUCGACAAGCAUAUGGUUAGACGCGACAAGAGUGUACCCCAACAAAUAGAAAAUGGCACAUCCAUAUCCACCUCCAGCCCAGUGCCCGUAGCACCACCACGAUCUGCACGCUUAUCCCGUCAUCUAAAAACCACGACAAGCAAUGGGGCAACCAUAACAACAACUGCUGUCUCAUCCUCAUCUCAGUUAAACGCAGUUAACAUGCCUAAUCUAUCAAUUCUAAAUGCAAGUAGUGAAAAGCUGGCGUCAGCAAACGUUCAAACCCAGCCACCACAAAAUAUACCUCACCUAUCUAUACUCAACGGCUGCUCCGAGGCAGUAACAAUGUCAACGACAUCUACGACGCCGCUGGAUGCUGGCAAUUCGGACACCGCCAGCAAUGGUAGCUCUAGUACAAGCACAUCAACAGCAACCGUACCCAACGUGCCUUUGAUAACGCUUUUAAUUGAAAAUUCCAGUUGCGAGAUAAGCGGCACAUCUGAUGCGAUGACAACAGCAACAUCAAAAUCGACAACAACGAAAACAGUUCCAGAUAUGAGCUACAAUAAUUUGCCAGCGAUAAGCGCAUUAAAUUUGAAUACUGUGCAACCAGAUGGAAAUGGAGCCAAGGCUCGCAACGAUAAUGGGGAUAACAAUAGCAGCGGCACAAACAGCCUUAGUAAUGACGAAGACGACGAAGAAGACGAGGAAGAUGACGAUGACGAUGAUGAUGCGGAUGUGGAUGACGAAGAGGCAGAUGUGUCGUUACCAAAUCUGAGCAAUUCUGAUCAUCAAAACUCCAAUAAUGACUCAAGUCUAACAACAGUUACAGGCACCAGCGGAGACAAUAGUUUUGAGAUGACCAACGAUUCAAGUUCGGCAUCCAAUGAUGACUAUACCAACAACAUUCCGAAUCUGAGUGAACUUCAGCAGUAAAGUAACCGUCCAUUAUUACGCACUAGUUUACUUUCUGCAUGCCACGCACACACAUUCCAUAAAGCACAAAAAAUGAGUAGUUUUAAAUGUAUGUGGUUUGUCAUACAUAUUUUAUUGUUUAUGUAUCUAGAGUUAUGUAUAUAAUGUCCACAUAAGAUAUAGUCUAACGAAAGUUGUUAACUGCCUAAUUUAACAUAUCUCCCUUAUUCAAACAUAGCUUCCAUGA